GAGUCCAGAGAGAAGCAGAGAAGGGAAAGAAGAAACAGAUCACACUUUUGAAGAAAAUGAGAAGACGACCUGGAAUUGGAGGCCUUCAAACAGCUGCAGCUGCUAGGGAUCAGUAUCGAGUAUUGGGGGGAAAUGUAGCCAAGUUAAGAACCGAUCUUAUGAAAGAACAGCUCACCACUUUUCGUUCUCAACUCGAAGAAUUCGCUCGAAAACACAAGAAUGAUAUUCGUAAAAAUCCAUCUUUCAGGUCACAAUUUCACGAGAUGUGUGCUAAAGUAGGAGUUGAUCCUUUGGCUUCAAAUAAGGGAUUCUGGGCUGAGCUUUUAGGGAUUGGUGAUUUCUAUUACGAACUUGGAGUGCAAAUUGUUGAGAUAUGCUUGGCUACUAGACUCCUAAAUGGAGGCUUAAUCGACCUGCAGGAACUCUGCAAAUUGCUUCGUCAGAAACGAAAACAUGAUCGUGAAGCUGUAUCCGAGGAUGAUUGUUUGCGUGCUAUUAGUAAGCUGAAGACAUUGGGUAGUGGGUUUGAGGUGAUAUCUGCUGGAAAGAAAAAGCUUGUUCGAUCUGUUCCAACUGAGUUGAAUAAAGAUCAUAAUGAGAUUCUGGAGCUGGCACAGUCUCAAGGCUAUGUGACCGUUGAUGAGGUAGAGAGACGGCUUAACUGGACAUAUGGACGUGCUAUUGAUGCCCUUGAUACUUUAUUAGACGAAGGUCUUGCAAUGAUUGAUGAUGGUCAUAGAGAUGGAAACCGCCGUUAUUGGUUCCCCUGUGUAUCUUCCAUCUCCUCAUUUGUGGCUGAUAGUUAACACUAUUCCGUUCCGUCUUCCCCCCCCCCCUUUUCCCAAAUUUGAGUGUGUUGCAACUUUCCAGCUGUUUAUGUUUGAAUUUUGACAAAAAAUAUGAUAAAUGGCAAUUCUAUCUGCAAAAUCUUAUUAUUUCUU